CGGUGAUUAACUAUGUGGUAAAGUGUUCCUUCUUUACUUUCCCGUUGGCCGUAUUACACAUGUCUGAAUGGCUAACGUGUUCAUUCUUUCUCAUCCGCAGCGCACCGAGAUCAAGAAAGCAGCUGAUGAGAGCCAGUCUAUUCUGGAGAACACACCGGUUGGAAAAGGCAAUGAUGAUGGUUCACUACGAGCAUUCCUCAAGCGUCAGGCCAGGAAGUUAAGGCGGUUAUCGAAUCUUCUCGGUUGCCGUGAUCCCGAAUUUGAUGAACCAUCUGCCUCCAGGUCUGGUACACCAUCAGACCCCUCAUCUCACCAUCAGGGGGACGAUGUGAGUUCCUCAUAUGCUUAUCUAGAUGAUGAGGGUGCGGUCACCCAAGAGGGCCAUGACAUUGAUGAUGACAUGACUUUGGCGGACGCUCAACUUCGGUCCCCAUAUGUGUUCAAGCCUAGGCAGCCCAGGCGCCGGUACAUGCCCAACGACUUUGACAACAGAGGCAACCCAAAGGUGGUCGUAGGGACCUCGCGGAUGGCUAGCUUGUAUCAUGAGGCGGAGGAGGAAGUGCAGGAAGAGGAGGCUCGUCCACCCAGGAAGAAGAAGAUUGCCUGCAGGCGUGGCACCAGGAACACGCGCGGAAAGCAUUAG